AUGAUAAUUCAUUUUAUUCUAUUAUUAUUUAUAUGCGAUGCUUCGUUAACAUCAUAUCCAUUUCUAUACAACGAUCGUUUUUCAUCGUCAUAUGGUGCAUUAACCAAGAAAGAAAUCGAAAAUGCAAAGCGAAUCGCUCGUGAAAUGUUCUAUUUUGCCUAUGAUAAUUAUAUGCAAUUUGCAUUUCCUAUGGAUGAAUUGGAUCCAAUAAAUUGUACUGGUCGUGGACAUGAUCAUCAAAAUCCAUCGAAUUUGAAUAUCAAUGAUGUUUUGGGCGAUUAUUGUUUGACUCUGGUGGAAUCGCUUGAUGCUCUCGUUGUAUUUGGAAAUAAGAGUGAAUUUCAUAGAGCAGUCAAGCUUGUUAUCGAAAAUGUUUCAUUUGAGCGAAAUGUAACAGUUCAAGUUUUCGAAGCUACUAUAAGAGUGAUCGGAUCUUUGCUUUCCGCUCAUUUGAUUUUAACUGAUCCUACCCACAUGCUAGGCGAUUUCGAUUUGCAUGGGUAUAAUAAUGAAUUACUUACAUUAGCUCGUGAUUUGGCAGGUCGUCUUUUAUUUGCAUUCGAAGGAACGAAAACGGGUUUACCAUUUCCGCGAGUAAAUUUAUUGACUGGCGUAAACGAAGAUACAAUAAAUGAAACUUGUACUGCUGGUGCUGGUUCAUUGCUUGUUGAAUUUGGAAUUCUUUCUCGUUUAUUGGACGAUGAUAGAUUCGAAAGUUUGGCGAGGAGAGCUGUUGGAAAAUUGUGGUCUUUGCGGAAUAAUGAAACUGGUUUGCUUGGUGGAAAUGUGGUUAAUAUCCAAACUGGACAAUGGAGUGGUGUAACUAACGGACUUGGUGCAGGUCUCGAUUCUUAUUACGAAUAUCUCUUGAAGUCCUUUAUUUUAUUUGGAAAUCAAGCAGAUCUUGAUCAUUUCAAAGCAGCUCAAGAAUCGAUUAUGAAACAUCUUCGUCGUGGACGAGAAGAUUGUGUUCAUGGAAAAGGGGAACCACCAAUUUUUGUUAAUAUUGAUAUGAGAGAUGGGUCGAUGAUCAAUACAUGGAUUGAUGCUUUGCAAGCUAGCUUUCCUGCAUUAUUAGUUUUAAAUGGAGACGUUGAGGAAGCUGUAUGUCUCCAUGCCUUGUUUUAUGCGCUUUGGGUGAAAUAUGGUGCUCUUCCGGAGCGAUAUAAUUGGUUUUAUAAGAAGCCAGACGUUUUUUUUUACCCGCUUAGGCCGGAGUUAGCCGAGUCAACAUAUAUGCUAUAUCGCGCUACGCUGAAUCCAUUUUAUCUGCAUGUCGGCCUUGAUAUUCUUUAUUCGUUGAAUGCAUUCACUAAAGUAAAAUGCGGGUAUGCUACAAUUCAUAAUGUGGUUGAUAAAACGCUAGAAGAUAGAAUGGAAUCUUUUUUUAUUUCGGAAACUGUGAAAUACCUCUUUCUGCUUUUUGAUUUUAACAAUGUUGUGAAUCAUAAUGAAGUGAGAAUAUUAUUCACUACAGAAGGUCAUAUAAUUCCUAUAAAUGAGCGUUUACGAAAAUCUCCGAUAAAAAUUUUUUCAUCCGCUCCCCAAAAUUCAUCGUGUAAUUAUUUUCGUAUCGAUCGUGAUCGUCCUCCUUUGGACGAAUUUCGCUUCAAUCAGAUGUUUCAUUUAGCGGGUAUUCUAUGA